CACCCCUUAGAGCUGUAGCCCGGAGGCCAGGGUGGGCUUAGUGCAUGCAUUGGCUAGCUGCUCCCUCCUCUCCUCUCCUCUCCACCGUAGAUAGAGCGCCGGCCUUUUCUUCGGUUCUUCACUGAUAUAGAUAGCUUCCAUCUUUUUGGUUCACUUCCUCUUCUUGCAUGUUCUUGAUCUCCUCUCGAUCCAAAACCACCGAUCGAUCGAUCCUAGCUAGCAUCCUUGUUGUUUUUCUUCCCAAGGAUCUAGCUAGUUCUUGCAGAUUUCAUGCAAAACUAAUACAAGUUCUUCCACUUCAUUCCCAUCCUUGUUUAUUUCUCAUCUCGUUGUUUAAUCUCAACAAGAAACUUGUUGCUCUUGAUUCUUCUCCUCCUACUCCUAUCUAGUCAGAUAUGGAGAACGUUCUGCUGGAUCGUUCGUCCGGAAGCUUCGAGUACCCCAAGAGGGGCGUCUAUGGCGGUAGGCCGGCGAGGCCGCACGGCGCGUACGGCUCCUCCCGCACGUGCCCGCAGUACCAUCACUUCCAGAAAAGUGGCGCAUGGAACUCCGCCCCGGCUCCCGCUCUUCCAUAUGCAUACCCGAGGCCGCCGAUAUACUCGUCGCCGUCUCUCCCUCUCCUGCCGUCCAACCAGCCACCCCUCCUGCCGCUCCCACCCACCGCCACCAAGUACGCCACUUUCUCCUACCCACCACCUCCAACACCGCCGCGUGCCGUCAGGCCGGCGGCGCCAACGGCCGUCGCGCCGGCUGCGGCGUCGCGCCAGCUGAGCCAGAGAGACAGGAGGAGGAGGCCGGUUAAGCCGCCGGCCGCAGAACCGGCAAGGGAGCAGAAAAAGAAGAAGCCGCUGGAGCGGGCGACGCCACUGCCGCCGGCGCCCGCGGUGACCGAGGCGCUGGACGACCUCGAGCAGGAGCUGGCCCGGAGCUGCCUCCAGGACCUGCUGCACGCGCUGGCACCGCCGCCCAGCAGCCUGCCGCUGCCCAGGUUCUCCCUCGUCGUCAAAGCGUCUCCCCACUCCGCCACGGCCGGCAAGGUGGUGCCGGCUGCCCCGUCCUGCAACGCUGAGGCGGCCACCGCCGACGGCCUCCGCCGCCUCCUCCGCCUCUAGUAUCAUGACAAUUACCCUGCCGCACCGCGCGCACGUACGUCAUCUCGGUGUACCGUUGCUACUGUUAAUUAUUUCCCUCCAAUACUAUUAUUUCCUGGCUGGGAAAAUACGUACUACUAGUAGAAGACAAGGAAAGAAGAGUUAUGUGAUGCUGGAGCGAUGGUCGGUGGCGUGACCCGGUGACCGUGAUGUGGGCGUUGAAUGGACGCGGUGCGUGCUAGAUGGGGUCCAGCCAUGAGCCAUCGAUCGAUUCAGGUGAAGAAGAUGAUGUUGAUUAAGCUUUAAUUGUGUGGUCCUACUAGAUUUCUAGGGUUUACGUUAAGUGCCUGCGUGCGCGCGUAUGCUCUUCUUCUUGAUUGGGUGAUGUGUUUUUUGGAAUUACCUUGUAUCAAGAGAUUAAUUAGUACUCCUAUAUAAUGUAUGUGGUUAUGUUUAAGUGACCUAAAUUAAAUUAAAUCGUGCUUCGUGAAAUA